CCGACCAAAAACCCAAACUCGAAGCGGAUAUAAAUUAUAUACGAUCCUUCAUAUCCCCCCGUCAUCCUUCAGUAACCACACCGGCGACAUCGUCACACUCAUUGAUUCCCCGAUGACAGCUGAAGUGGCCAACGGCGCUGUGGCGACCCUGUCCUCUUACCCUAAGGGCGACGUUAAAAACAAUACGAAUACGAAUCAGGCGUCGAAGAAAUCACGAGAAACUGACCGCCGUCGGAGGCGGCGUAAACAGAAAAAAAACAAGUCCGUUGGAGGUGAAGAAACCAACAACGAUGCUUCCGCUAAGGACGAUGGUGCCCUUACCGGCGAUGAUAACGCAAAAGAGAACUCCGAUCCUCAGAAGGUUUUGGAGCAAGUUGAGAUUGAGUAUGUCCCAGAAAAAGCAGAACUAGAUGGCUAUUUCGAUGAUGAAUUCAGGAAGAUCUUUGAGAAAUUCACUUUCAAAGAAACUGCUGCCUCUGAGGAAAACGAUAAGACUGAAGAGACUGCUGCAAAUGCAGCAUCAAACAAGAAAGCUAGUUCAGAUUCAGAGGAAGAAGAACAAGAUGUUCAACAGAAGGACAAAAGUGGCGUUUCUAAUAAAAAGAAAAAGCUUCAAAGAAGGAUGAAGAUUGCUGAACUGAAGCAGAUAAGCACAAGACCAGAUGUAGUUGAGGUGUGGGAUGCCACAUCAGCUGACCCUAAACUACUGGUUUUCCUCAAAUCAUAUCGCAACACAGUUCCUGUUCCAAGACAUUGGUGUCAGAAGAGGAAGUUCUUACAGGGGAAAAGAGGUAUUGAGAAACAGCCUUUUCAACUUCCUGACUUCAUUGCAGCCACUGGGAUUGAGAAAAUUAGACAAGCUUACAUUGAAAAGGAAGACAAUAAGAAGCUUAAACAGAAGCAACGUGAGCGAAUGCAACCCAAAAUGGGAAAAAUGGACAUUGAUUAUCAGGUACUUCACGAUGCUUUCUUCAAAUACCAAACUAAACCAAAGCUGACAUCACAUGGUGACCUCUAUCAUGAAGGAAAAGAGUUUGAGGUAAAACUUAGAGAGAUGAAACCAGGAACCUUAUCACAUGAACUAAAAGAAGCUUUAGGCAUGCCAGAAGGUGCUCCUCCUCCAUGGCUUAUUAACAUGCAGAGAUAUGGCCCUCCACCUUCUUAUCCACAUUUAAAAAUUCCUGGUUUGAAUGCUCCUAUUCCACCUGGAGCCAGCUUUGGUUAUCAUCCUGGAGGCUGGGGUAAGCCACCUGUUGAUGAGUUUGGGCGCCCUGUUUAUGGUGAUGUUUUUGGACAACAAGAAGAAUUGCCCAACUAUGAGGAAGAGCCAGUGGAUAAGACAAAACAUUGGGGUGAUUUAGAGGAAGAAGAGGAGGAAGAAGAAGAAGAGGAAGUGGAAGAGCAAUAUGAGGAAGAGGAUUUGGAAGAUGGCAUUCAGUCAGUUGAUAGCCUUUCAAGCACCCCAACUGGUGUUGAAACUCCAGAUGUUAUUGACCUCCGAAAACAGCAAAGGAAAGAACCUGAGAAACCUCUGUAUCAGGUGCUGGAGGAAAAAGAAGAGAAGAUAGCCCCAGGAACUUUGCUUGGAACUACACAUACGUAUGUUAUAGGAGGUGCACCUCAAGAUAAGCCAUCUGGUAAAAGGGUUGAUUUGCUUAGAGGUCAGAAAACAGAUAGGGUUGAUGUCUCUUUACAGCCCGAAGAGUUGGAGCUCAUGGAUAAUGUUUUGCCUGCCAAAUAUGAGGAAGCUCGAGAGGAAGAGAAGCUUCGUAGUCAAAAGGAGGACUUCAGUGACAUGGUUGCAGAGAAUGAAAAGAAGAGGAAGCGAAAGAUGCAAGAAAAGGACAGCAAAUCGAAGAAAAAAGAUUUCAAAUUCUAGUUCUACUUUCUCCCUACAGGGGUCUUUCUGUCUUUUUUACUUGGGGCAUAAUGUACGAGGUUUCGUGGGUGAGAAGAUAUGAUGAAUGUUGUACACUCGUAGGUUAAUUGUUGUUUGAUAAUGAUUACUUUUAACGAGGUUGGAUCUCAUCCUUGUUGUUACUUUUUUAUUCUGAAUCCUUGUUUAGGCA